CCAAUAUGUCGUAUUAAUCUAGGCUCGCCACACGGCUCAGUACAACUAUCGACUUCGUAAUGGCUACGCGAAUUAUUUACCUACAAAUAUAAAUGCUCGGCCCAUUUAAGUCUGUGGCUGACCCCCCACCAUCAUCAUCACCUCUUUUUCCCCCCUUCUUACAGUCAUGCCUUCAGUCACCGUCAAGUCCAGCACUGGCACCACCAAAUUCAAAUAUAACAUCUCUACGCCUUCCAAUGCAUCAGCCAAAGCAAUCCAGAAGAACUUGCCUACGGUUCUAUUUAUCCCCGCUGUGUAUUUGCAACGAGAUAUCUUUCAUCUACAAUUUGGAGACCCGAAAUUAAGACGGUUCAACCUCGUAACGUUCGACUUACGUGCCCAUGGUGAAACCGCUGGGACCAAGAUACCUGAAGGUUACGGUCAAGAGGACUCUGUCGAGGAUGUUGUCAAGCUUAUGGAAGCUCUCAAACUCCCUGCUUGCCACAUCGUAGGAAUGUCGUUAGGCUCCAUUAUCGCGUUGCAGAUGGCCAUCACGUACCCCGAAAAAGUCGCCUCACUCUUCCUCGUUUCGCCCCUCGGACUUGAAGAGCCUGACUACGUGACAGCAGCCCGCGUCGAAAUCUACAAAUACUGGACAGAAGGCUUCCUCUGCCAACUUGGCACCCGAACAGACGAUAGCGCCCUUCAAGAUGCUUCCUACGGAGCCUGCCAAUUCGCUUUCUCCAACAAGACCAACUCUCUAAACUCCGCUUACGCCGCUAAAUUUUUGCCUGUCGCGAAAAAAAACUGGGGGCCUGAAAAUUUUGAUGUUUUCCAUCGGGCGACUGUGGACUUUUUUACGCAGAGGAGAAGUCAUUCUGUCGACUCGUUGAAGAAGAUCAAGGUGCCGAUAACGCUGGUUCAUGGGAUGGAUGAUAUAUCGUACCCUGUGGAGUAUAGUAUACAGCAGGAGAAGAUUUUCCGGGAUGCGGGGUUGAAGGUUACUUUGCAUAAGCUGGCAGGAGCGCCUCAUUUUGCUGUCGUGGAUCUAAAGAUGGAGGUUAAUCAGCUCAUCCACGACUUUGUUCUAGAGAACUCGGGGGGCAGAUCUACUCCGAUACCUCCAGGAGUUUCAAUCGUGUCGCCUUGGGAUGGUGUAUUACGGAAGGCAGGAUGGGUACCGGAAGAAGAAGAAGAAGACGAAGACGAAGACGUUGAGUUCGUCAGCUGA